AACGGCCAAGCUACACGUACCGGACGACAUCGGACGAUGCCAUAAAAAUUGAGCAACCUAGGACCGCAGACAAGCAAAUCAAGUCGGGCCGGGCCGCGUCGGACGCCCGCUGUCAUCCGAUGUCAUUGGGUUGACGUUUGUAUAUUUUCUUUGUUGAUAGUCGUUUCAUUUUCUUGAUCAGACUAAUAUCUCAAGUGAAUUGUGUAUUAACCAAACUACAGAUUCUCUUAAAAUGGAUUCGAAACCGAAAAAUUCGUAUAAAACCGCUAAGGGAGAACAUUUGUUUACGAUGGAGGAUACUUUGCAAUUUAUAUCCAAAAUAGAAGCGUGUCCACUUUUGUGGAAUAAAAGGGAUCCUCAAUAUAAAGAUGUGGCAAAGCAAGACAAUGUGUGGCAGAAAGUGGCCAGUGAAUUGAGCAUUCUUGUACUUUUAGCCAAAGAGAAGUGGCAAAAUCUACGGUCUACAUACAGAAAAAAUCGAAUAAAAGUUAACAAUAGUAUCCAGUCGGGAGCAGGUUGUAAUGAAAUAUUUAGACCAAAUUGGUUCGCGUACGAAGCGAUGCAGUUUCUCAACGAAAAUCUAAGUGCUGGAGACACAAUUGAUACGUUAAGACCACCUAAAAGUUUGGUUCACCGGCAAAAUUUGGAAGCAACAAGCAUCCCUUCCAAAAUACCACGGCUAUCUCCGUCGUCUAGCGUGACGAAUCUUGAUGGAGCAGUACCAAGCACGUCGAAGAACAAGGGAUCGCUUGGUCAGCAUAUACCAAGCACGUCGACGAACAAGGGAUCACCAGGAAUACCAAGCACGUCCCCUGGCCAGACACCGCGUUUCCAGCUUAUGCCUGGAACGUCGAUCGUACGAGGACAGCGUGUCCAAAUUAUGUCAAACGCGACAUCGGGACAAGCGUUGCGAUUUCAGCCAAUACCGGUCAUGUCGACUAGCCAGGCUGCACCAAACACGUUCUCAGGACAGAUACCUCGGUUCCAACUUGUACCAUCACUGUCCGCGGGAGUUGGAACACAAGUUCAGGCGCAAAAUGACACGUCGACGGGACACGAAUCGCGCGGUCAGCCAGUUCCGAUAACGUCAACAGAUCAAGCAGUAGCGGUCCAGUCAAGAUCGAACACGACAACUGGCAUACCUGAAACGGACCAGGGAGUACGGGUCCAUUCGGAACUGGAAACUUCGAUGAACGAAGAACAAGAAGAACAACCUAAUAACGCAUCGUCACAAAAUGCUCCACGGCUUUCCAGACAAGCUAGAGUUGAUGGAAAAAUUUUGAGCUGUCUAGAAUAUCUUGAGAGUUCAUAUCAAAAAAUGCAAGAGCGAGAACCCGUGUCUGCGUUUUUAGAUUUGGUAGCCGAACGAAUGCUACGUAGAAAAAAAGAGGAUUUGGAAAAAAUGCAAAAUGAGAUUUUGCAGGUCAUUGAACGAUUUGAAAUCGAUGAUAAAAAUGAAUAGCAGUAGCUGUGUCUCUGCAAUGAGGGAUCUUGUUCCCAGUGAAUAAGGAGGGAGGGGCAUCGAUGGAUAGGACGUUAGACCGCUUACCGUAAAGCCUACAGCUGGUUGUAACUUAACUAAACAGCGUGGUCAACGGUUAUGUUACGCAAACGUACUGCAUUUCGAUACGGACAUUUAUGUUAAAAACAAAUAUAAAAGCAGCGUCAUCUGCACAAACUAUCUAGUUUAAAGACAUUCUAACAACAUGUCGACAUAUAUGGACAUAUGUGGAUAUAUGGAUAUAUGACCGAAUGGACCGUGCCUCCAUGAGUAGGACUGAAUAUCCUGCUAUGGCGGGGGAAUCAAUAAGUCACUGCAAACCAACCCGCACUAGUGAUACAUCAAGGCCUCGACCGACAACGGGUGUAGUGUCAAAGAAGAAGACAUUCAGAACAUUGGUCCUUGCAUAGUGAAUCAAAGUAUUAACUACUUACCGCUACAUAAUCAGCAAGUACCUCAAUCAACGCAUCACAAACUUCUGGCACUAUUUUUCGGAUGGUGGACGGAGAUACCUAAAAUAUGUAUUUAAAUAAACUGUGCUUUAUGUCGA